GAUCAAUUCAUUGAUUUUUUUAACUGAGUUAUGUUAUGUUUCACCACUGAUUUUAUUUUGUGCGUGUAGACUUUUUAUUAUACUCUCACAAAAUCUCCUUUAAAACUAUGCAGAGCGGGCAAGGAGAGAUCUACAUUCAGACAGUAAAAAACCAGCAGAAGCAUCAGAUUCACAACAAUAUGACUCGAACUUAGAUACACCUGAUGUGAUCAAAACCCCAACAACACAAGCACAUGUGUACGAGUUGAGGCAAAGAAGGGGUACGCAGCAAGGCACACCAGUUGAAGCUCAAGCAAACCAGCCCAAGUUAGUUCCAUCCGUUACCAUCAAAAUUUCAGAAAAGUCUAGAGCAAGAGGAGCAACACAAACUCAGUAUGAACUUAGACCAAGAUUAGAAAAACAAUUAGGAACAAACAUCGAAGAAGAAGGAUUGAUAAGCCGGUCACAACCGGUGAAAAAAAAGGUCAAGAAAUGUGGCUGAAAAAGAGAGCACACAACAACGAGUAAGCUUGAAUAGGUCCAACUUGCAGGGUAUGAUUAGAUUGAUUGGAGAUACUGAAUUCAGUCCCAAACAUAUAGCUUGCUUCAAAAAAACACCUUUUUGGUUAUUAAUUGAAGCAAUUGUGAGCAAGAAGUUGGUAAGUAAUCAUUGUAGAAAGUUUGAUGAAGUUGUUGUGAAAGUUAUAAAGUCCUAUGAUGAACGUACAAAAAGUUUUCGAUUGGGUGACAAGAAAGUGAAGCUCAAGGAUAAUAAUGUGAAGUUGAUUUUGGGAAUAUGCUGUGGAAAUGAAGAGAUGGUAGAAACAAACAUCAGCAAAGGAGACACUGCAUUAGCUAAGAGGUUGUGCAUCAAAGAACCAAGGUUAACAACUACAACAAUGAAGGAAAAGAUAAAAGAACUAAAGAGUAGCAACAAGCCAGAAGAUAUUGAAGACGUUGUCAGAUUGUUCUGUCUUUUCCUUUGUGUCACAUUGCUCUUUUCGACGAGUGGAACAACAGUGAAUUGGUCGUUUGUUCAUUACAUGGAAGACCUAGCAAAGGUAAAACAGUACAAUUGGGCUAGAGCUAUUACAGAUUAUUUGAUGAAGUCCAUUCACAAAAAUCAUAAGAAGGUCAAUGAAUUGCAUGGAUGUUCUUUGCUUUUAAUGUUUUGGCUUUGUGAGCAGACUAAAGUUCUACAACAAAUGAAUGCAGAUGCAGUUUCAAGAUUACUUAAAUGGAACAUUUCAGAGCUUCGGGACGUACUUAGGGAUUUUGAUCAAACUUUCGGUUGA